UUCAUCUCCCUUGUUAGAUAAAGGUUAGAAGAAAAACUGGUUAGUAUGGCAGACAGUAAACUUUGCGUCGGUUGUCAGCGUGGUAACGAAGACAUAAAAGCCGUAUCAUGGUGCAGUGAUUGUAGUGAACUUGUGUGUAAAACAUGUGCCAGAGUUCACGAAAAGAUGUCUUCAGCUCACAAGAUAGUACCAAUGGAAGAAAUACAACAACUCAGUUCAUCGAGUCUUCAGUUGUCAAAAAACUGCGAGAAUCAUCCCGAUCAAAAGAUCAUAUUGUACUGCUGUCAACAUGACAAGUUGAUCUGCGAUUCAUGUUUACCGGUAUUGCAUCCUAAUUGUAAACCUAUCAUUUCAGUUCAAAAAGCUGCCAACGGCGUGAAAGACAGCACUGCUAUUUCCGAUUUAGAGAAAAGAAUGGACAACCUAAGUCAAGUUACAGAAAACAUACUGAGUCAAAAUGAGGCAACACUCGAAGAUUUGAAGAAAAGUAUGAAUAAAAUUAAGACACGAGUGUCGGCAAUGAAACAGAAAGUUAUCGCCCAUUUAGAUAAGUUAGAAGCAGAUAUACAGAAGGACAUUAUUAAUAAGUAUAAACACUGUUGCGAGACGGUGUCCCAAAAUAAAAAUAGUGUCCAAUCAAGCUACGACUCACUAUCCACAUGGAAAAAAGAUAUCAAAACACUGAAGCAACAUGCAUCUGAAAUUUAUUUAUUCCAGUCAGUUAAACAUCUAGAUGCGAAAACUCACCAGAAAGAAUUAGAAAUCAGAGAUAUUCAAACAGCUACCGUUCCGACACUAACGUUUCAUCCUUCAGAGAUAGAGUCAAACUUGGGUACAAUAAAUGUAGAGAAUGUUUCAGUGCCUAUGCCUGUACUAGAUAUUGACCAACAAUGUCAGUUUCUGGUUAGAGCCCAUGGAGACCAGAGAAAGUUGUCGUUGGCAAGUUCAUUUCAGACGGCGAAAAUAGGUGAUUGUGUGCUUAUCUAUAGUGGUUGCAUUAUUCCUGGUGGUGCAGGCAACAUUUUUACCAUUCUAGAAUAA